CUAGUCAUCUGCGUAAGGCCCAAACCAGGCCCAUCUAAAAUCUAUGUUUUGACUGCUUAAACACCGCAUUAACGCCGUCAUUAUACACACACAUUUAUAAAAAUAAACCACCGGAAUAACCUGCCGGAAAAUCAAAAUGAACCCCCCGAACGAUACCGUUUCAAUCCCAUUCUCCGACUUCCCCGAAGACGUCCAACUCAGCAUCCUCUCGUUCCUGACCCCAUCAGAAAUCACAGCUUUUUCCUGCACAUCAAAACGAUUCAACUCGCUCUUGAACACCGAUUCAAAGCUAUGGUUCUUUCUCUGUGACCGUAAGUUCGGCUCGAAAACUCAGAUCAACAAAUGGGGUUCAGGUAAAAUUUCAUAUAAGCGCCUUUUCAAAGUUUUAUCAGAGCUUGAGAAUUUAAUUGGGUUUUGGCGUAGAAGUGGUCCCAGCAAGAAUGAUGAUGAUGAUUUUGUUACACCUCGGCUUUUGUGUUUUGAUUGGGGCCCGUGUUAUGUGAUUGGGUCUAGGGUUUCGGGUUCGAAGAGUGGGGGUUAUGAUGUUGUGAAAGUGCCUUGUUUGUGGGUUUGUUUGGAUUCCGAAGGCGAAAGGUUGAGUUUUCUUGAUUUGAAUUGUAAAGUCAGGGUUUUUGAUGAUUUGGGGUGUGUUGAGGAUGAGUUGAUUAGGGUUGGUGUUAAUUUGACGGGGAGGUUUCAUUUUGUUGUUGAGGAAAAUGUGUGUUUUGACAAGGUUGGGGUAGUGGAGGAUACAAUGAGCGUGAGGGAUAAGAUGAUUGGGAGUGUGGGGAAUCAGUUGAUGGCGGAUAUGUAUCAGUAUUUUGCGAAUAGGACGAGUCCGGCAGGGGAGAGGUGGCUGAGGAGGCAGAAGCGGAAAGAGAAGGAGAGGAAGAAGUGGGAGCGGGAGCAUUAUGUCAAGAUUGUUAAUUGUUCACCUACGCCUUCACGACCUUUGCAGGGUCUUUGGAAGGGAAUUUGUGAUGACAUGAAAUUGGGUUUAUAUUUGGUUGCCUAUGAUGAAAUUGGUGGUAUUGCUUGCCGGAGGAUUGAGGAUUCAUCUAAGCCUUUUUCAGGUUUUUUCCCAAUGUUUUGGACAUCAAAUGCUACAUUUAUCGAGUCUCCAUUAUCUCCUGAAGAACAAUACAUAUAUGAUAGUCGCACACAUAUUCGGCCACCUGAAGCAUCAUCAGAUCACAUACAUGGUGAUGAAGCAGUGUCGCGCAUUUUAUACAUCAAAUUAAGUUGUGACUUGGUUAUUCCAGACUUCGCAGAUGCUUAUGUGAAUACGCAGCAGGUGGAAGGAAGAAUUUGGCAGUAUGGUAAUGGAACAUUUGGUUUUGGGUUUCUCCGUGAUGGUCACAUUGUUGACCUGAAGCCUAUUACAAGAAAUGAUAAUAACAUAGAAACUUAAUGUUAUAUUGAUGGGUAGUUUUCCUUAGAUUUUAUGUGUUUGGUUGUGGGACUUGCCACAUUGGUGCUCAGAUUCUUUAUGCAUGUUCAGUGAAAUCAAAUUAUAUGCAA